AUGCCAGGGGUAUCUGAAGCUUCGUCAGGUCUGACGAGGCAAUGCUCCCAUUCCAAUGACAUCUCGGCGAUAAGCCCAUCCUCUGCACCAUCUACCCAUAAAGCCUUCUCGUUUAUUCGCUCGUCGUCAUUUUCCUUCACCAAAUCGCGCUCUGUCCCCGAACCGCCUCCCAUUCCUGAAAGCGACAAGGAACCUAUCUUCGAUGAAAUUCGUGAUUGCGACGAGGCGCCGUAUCCUCUACCGCCGAAAAUGAGAAAGAUGUCGGCACCAGGGCCGAUUGAUAUCAAACAUAAGGCCGAAUACAAGAGUCUCAAUGGAAAUACCUCUAGUCGGUCCUCAUCAACGACGAUUCUGUCAGCAUCGGUUCCAGCAAAUGUGCCAAGCACACCAUGUAGCGCAGUGCCGAUGCCAGUACCACCGCACAAGCAUAAAUGGCUCAAUAAACUGGAUCCACGUUUCAAUGCUAAGUUGAUGGAAGAACAGAAGAAGACCAUCGAGCGACAGGAGCGCGAGCGCAAGAAGAAGAAAGAGGAUGAGGAGAUGCUUGGAGAGUUACUCCAUAAUUGGGUCAAUGAGUAA